AUGACUUCUUCUAGUAGAGGCUUGCUCGUUCCAAUCCUCGCCAUACUCUUCGGCAUUUACAAAUUCUACAUCCACAAUGUUAUCGUGCUGCAUUUCGGCAUCGGCCGUACCAUCCAGCCACUCGAGGACUUCCCCAACUAUAGCUGCCAACGCAUCCAACACCCACUAUUAGGGAGCUGCGAAGACCUCUGGCUCGACUCAUUUGGUCGUAAGCUGUAUGCCGCAUGUUCUAGCCCAGCCAAGCGCAAAGCGUGGAGUCCGGGUGGGAACGUGUACGAUCUCGCAGCCCGGACAGCCGCUGGCGGUGGUACCGACUACAUCACCGUGCUAGAUGUUGACAAGCCCGGCCCCGAUGGGUUGUACGGCGCACGUGCCCUGAAUUUCCGUGGAAAAGAUGGUGAUGUGGAAGAACUGGAUCUGCAUGGUUUCGAUGUCCGCGUGAUUGACGGCAAUCGACUGCGGUUUUGGCUGAUUAACCACCGGCCGCCCCUGGACUUGCUGACGGGGGGGCAGCUACUAGACGCUAGCAACGUGGGGGCGAAUUCUACUAUCGAAGUCUACGAUCUCGAUAUUCGUCGUGGAGGAGAUAGUAAUUACCUGGAACAUGUCAAGACAAUUGUUAGCGACGCGAUCAUCUCGCCGAACAACCUUGUCGCAUUGGACGACAACGACAAUAGCAGAGGAGGCUUCCUGCUUACCAACGACCACAACACCAGGGCUCCUGGCGUCCUUCGGAAACUCACCCCGAUUCUCGGAGGUGGCAGCAUUUCAUACUGUAGGACGGAUACAGGCCAGUGCCAUAUUACCUCCUCAGACAAAUAUACCCUCCCUAACGGCAUCACGAGGGAUCCGUCUUCAGGCCUGAUUUACGUCGCGCAGUCUGGAAAGGGUGUUGUCACUGUCCACAGCUUGACGGCCGACAACCGACUUGUCCAAAUUGACGAAAUUCCCAUGUCCAUGGGAGUUGACAAUGUGUCAAUUGAUACGAAAGGCAACAUAUUCGUGGGCGCGUUCCCGAAUUCCAUCCAACUUUUGAAAGCAUUCAAAGACCCGUACCGGACGGGCGCACCGUCAACGGUGCUAAUGAUUCGCAAGAAGACAGCUGAUCAUGAUGCACCAGCAGAGAAAGCGGCAUAUGAAGUCAUCAAGGUCGUGGAGGACGCAGAGGCAAAGGUCCUUCCUACCACCACAACCGCGGUGCAUGACCCCAUCUCGGGUCGGUUGUUCCUGGGUGGUGUAACGUCGCCAUUCAUGGCAGUCUGCGAGAGGCAGUGA